UUCGUGUUCCCCAAGCCGUCCUGCUCCCUCUGCCCCCCCUGCGCCCCUUCCCGCCCCCCAUCACCCCGUGCAGCCGGCAGCGGAGGUGCAGAUUCUCGAGGACGCCACCCCCCUGCGCCUGCCAGCUGGCGCCUUCUCCCGCUGCCGUGGCAUGCGGGCGGCACCCUCCAGCUGCAUGCGAGACGUGGUGGGUGGCAGGGGGAGAGAGGGGGCGAGGGUUGCAGAGCAGGGCGGUGAGGGUGGUGAGCAGGGCAGGGCCAUGGUGAUGGCAGACAGGGGUGAGCAGCAUGGGCACAGCACAGGGGCUGCUGCAGGGGAUGAUGGGCGUGGAGGGAGAGGAGAGCGGAUCAGGGGAGGACGUGGAGUGAAUGGGAGGAGGGGGAGUGAGGAGGAAAGAGUGAGGCGACGGGAGGAGAGGAGGAGGGAGCUGGUGAGGAGGCUUAUAGAGCAAGGUGACCACAUGGAGGGCGAGGAGGGAGGGUGGAUGGAGGAGGAGGAGGAGGAAGAAGGAGAGGAGGAAGAGGAGGGACAAGAGGAAGAAGACGAGGAGGAGGAAGAGGAGGAGGAGGAGGAUGAGGAGGAGGAGUCACAAGGAGACGAUGGGGAAGGAGAGGGGCGGGUUAGGGAGGGGCGCAGGGGAGGGGGGCGGUGGUGGCAGCGAUGGGUGGCGCCCCUGAGGCGCAGAGAGGGGGGACGAGAUGGGGCACGGGCGAGAGCGGGGCAGGAGCGCGGUGGAGGGGAAGCGAGUAGGGGAGGAGGAAGGGGGGCUGACAGUGACAGCAGCGAGGUCCUGGGUGGUGGGGGUGAUGGAGAUGAGCGGGGAGAGGAAGGAGUGGAAGGAGACGUGCGACUGAGCAGACUCCUGGGGCUGUUUGGAGUGCAGGAGGGUGAAGCGAGGGAGGAUAGCGGAGGGAAUGAGGGAGAGGAGGAGGGGAGGUGGGGGGAGGGGAGGGGAGAUCAAGGAAGCGCAGGCAGCAGGAGGAAGAGGACAAGGUGGGAGGCAUGGGGAGGGGCAGCGGAGCGGUGGGCAAUGGGGGAGGUGCGGUGGAGGAGGAGGGCGGCGUGGGCGGCGUGGCCUCACUGGGUGUACCGCAUGUUCAAUGCCUUCAAUCUGGCCAGGCGCGUGGCAGACAUGUACGGGCAGCUGCUACCAGCGCAGGCGCAGCAGCUGCAGGGGCUCACACGGACGCCGGAGGCACUGUCGUUUGUGGUGGCGGCCAACAUGCCCAUCAGCGACCGCCACCGUCUGCACCUGCUGCAGGUGUGCCCUCCUCACCGCCUGCACCUGCUGCAGGUGGGGUCGACGGUGUACCGGCUGCAGAAGCAGAUUCGCCUGCUUGAGUGCAUCGACCACCUCCUCUGCUCCACCUGCCGGUGUCGGGUGGCGAGGCGCAGUGACAUGUUGUGUAUGAGCACGGAGGGCGCCAUCAGCGCCUUCGUGAACGCGCAUGGCUUUGUGCACGAGACGCUCACUUUCUCGCGCGCCAGAGGGCUCGUGCUGGAGGGCAGUGCGGAGACGGAGAACAGCUGGUUCCCGGGCGCACUCCCCAACUUAUCAACUUCUCCCUCUCCCCGCCUUGCGCUGUACCCCCUUUGUCGUGUCGCCUCGCACCUGACCGCCCCACCGCUCCCCACCCUCCGGCACUGGCGCAGGUACGCGUGGACCAUAGCACACUGUGGGCGCUGCGGCAUGCACGUGGGGUGGCGCUUCACGGCUGUGCGCCGCGGCCUCAACCCGCCCGCCUUCUGGGGCGUGCGCCGCGCACAGCUCACUGCUGACACCACCCAGGCCGACGCUGAUCUUGAUGCCUGA